GUUAUCAAAAAGAUCUUGUUUAACCACAGUAAUACCAGCUACAAAAUGUAAUUUCCUUUCCUGUUUGAGGAAGUGAUCUGAUGAUUUGUCUCAAAAGCGCAAAGUACAUUUUUUCACAGUAGGGUUUGGGCUCAUAUUUGGAACACAAAAAUGUCUGUAAAAAUGCAGCUCCCUCCCAGAGCAAUGUGGGCCCUGCACCUCUGGCAUUUAAUGGGAAUUCUGCUAUUUUUUUCCUGUCUACUACUGCAACUUCAUGCCUUCAAUCUCGAUGCUGAGAAUCCAAUUAUUUACACAGGACCUGAAGGGAGUUACUUUGGAUUUUCUGUUGAGUUCUACAUGCCUGAGUCUGGCACUCCAGGUGUCCUUAUUGGUGCUCCAAAGGCAAAUACAACCCAAGAAGAUGUUAUAGAAGGUGGAGCAGUGUUUCUCUGUCCUUGGUCGACUAAUGGAAGUCUGUGUAGUUUAAUACCAUUUGAUACCAAAGGUGACCGAUACAGUGAGAAUUCAAGAGAAAUUAUGAUGGAUUAUAAAUCUAACCAAUGGUUUGGAGCAACUGUCAAAGCAUACAAGGAGAAAGUUGUGGCCUGUGCCCCCAUGUAUCAUUGGAAGUAUGUGAAAAUAUCCUUCAACGAGGACCUGACUGGUGGGAAAACACCAGUGGGGUCAUGCCUGGUAGCGUCUCAGAAUUUCAGCACCUACGCAGAAUAUUCACCUUGUCGUUCCAGCAUUUUGCAAGCACAGAUAGAAGGUGGAGCUCCUGAUCAGCGCUUUUGUGAGGCAGGAUGGAGCAGUGAGCUCACAGAGGGAGGAGACCUACUCUUGGGAGCACCCGGCAGUUUCUUUUGGCAAGGUCAGUUGAUCGCUGCCAAGGUUGAUCAGAUUCUCCAAAAUUACGACUACAACUAUCCUCUAAAAGUAUUGGGAUCAAAGAAACAAACUGAAGAUGCAAAAGGGACACAAGAUACAGCUUUAUGGAAUAUCUCGUGGGAGCUCCGAGGCGAAAGCACAUUGGGUUCUGUAAUUAUCUUGUGGUCUACAAAUAUGACAACCAUACAAAGCAUUAUUGGUGAGCAGGUGGCAGCGUAUUUUGGCUAUGCAGUGACUGUCUUGGAUAUAAACAGUGAUGGGAGAGAUGAUAUUUUGGUCGGGGCUCCGCUGUUUAUGAGCCGAGGACAAGAUGGCAAACUGCACGAGCUUGGACGGCUCUAUGUUUAUUUACAGGAGAAACCCGGAGUCUUCAAAGAACCACCACAGACCUUCACAGGGACAGACAAGUAUGGCAGAUUUGGCAGUGCCAUAACCUCCCUAGGGGACCUGGAUUAUGAUGGAUACAUGGAUGUAGCAGUUGGAGCCCCAUUUGCUGGUGAAGAUGGGAAUGGAAGGGUGUUUAUUUACCUGGGACAUGCGACUGGCCUCUACCAAGAGCCAUUUCAAGAACUGAAGGGAACUUGGAAUCCUGAUGUGAUGUCAGCAGGAUUUGGCUUUGCAUUGAAAGGAGGUUCAGAUAUUGAUGCAAAUAAUUUCCCAGAUUUGAUUGUUGGUGCUCAUGAUGUCGAUAAUGUUCUGGUGUACAGGGCAAAACCGGUUGUAACAGCAGAAGUUAAACUCGCACUUGUACCGAAUAUUCUGAACCCAGAAUUAAAGACGUGCCGCUUGCCUGAAACUCAUACCUCUGUGACGUGUUUUGAAGUGCAGAUGUGUGCAAGAGUUAAAGGGCAUGAUAUUCCUCAGCAUUAUGUUCUGGAUGCUCAGGUUCAGCUGGACAAAAACAAGCAGCGGUCUCAGCAACGAACACUCUUUCUGCAUUCACACCAAGCACAGGAAUGGUUUCAGUUUCCACCAAUGGAAAACAAGCAAGAAACCUGCAAAAAUCUCACAGCUUACCUCAGGGAUGAAGCAGAGUUUAAAGACAAGCUGAGCCUGAUUGUUGUGACCUUGAACUGCAGUCUCGCAGAGGAGCCCCUGACCAGCUCUGGCACCCUGUCCAUAGUGCUAAGUCCCCACAGUCAGGUCCUGGUCACACAGAAGGCUCGUAUUCUCUUGGACUGUGGCAGUGACAACGUCUGUACCCCAAAUCUCAAACUGUUGGCAACAGCAGAUAAGGACCAUUUGAUUGCUGGAGAAGUCACUCCACUGACUCUGAGUUUCAGUGCAGUCAAUGACGGAGAAGGAGCCUAUGAAACCGAACUACAUAUCCCCCUCCCUCCUCAAAUUUACUUCACAAGUGUUGUGCAAGGUAAUAAGGGCCUUACUAAACUGAGCUGUAACCUAAUGGUGAACAAUGGCAGUCAAACAGUGAUCUGUGACCUUGGUAAUCCCAUGGAAUCUGACACAAAGAUAUCUGCAGGACUCCAUUUCACUGUGCACAGCUUGGAGCAGGUGGAAACCAUCACAAUUGGCACGCAGAUAAAAAGUAAAAACUCUCAAAAUUCUGAUAGUGAAGUGGUCCAUUUGAAGUUGCAGGUGAAAGCUGUGGCCCAGCUUGUUCUCAGAGGGGCUUCACUGCCCGAGCAGAUUUUCCUCCCAUUUAUCAAUUUGGAAUCGCCUUCAGAUACAGUGGUGAAGAACAACAGUCUACCAGUAAUAGAGCACGUCUUUGAGCUACACAAUAAUGGUCCAUCAACAAUUAGUAAAGCCCUGAUUGAAAUAGACUGGCCUGCAGAUUUCAAUGGUGAUGGUCUACUGUUCAAAUCUAAGUUGGUACCAUGGGGUGAAAUCAAGUGCACUGUAAACUCCUCUGAUGCUGUCAAUUGGGUAGAGCCUUUAAGUACAAUGAGGCCUUACACUACUGGGAACAGGCGUCAUGAAAUGAAUAAAAGAGAUGUCAGCAAACCAGAAACUUUAAUGGAGGAGACCAUCUUGGAUCUGACCUGCAACACUUCCGUCUGUGUGAAAAUUUUGUGCCAUGUGGGCCGUCUGGAGAGAAAAAAGGGAGCUGUGUUAAGCAUACAAUCUUCUCUCAGAGUGGAGCCCUUCAUUAAGAAUCUUCACAAGCAGUAUACUUUCCAGUCCAAAGCAUUAUUCAAUGUGCAAGAAAUGCCAUACAAAGUACAGCCUGAAGAAUUCUCCAGUGGCAAUACAGUGGUAAAAACUGUUAUUGACCGCAGUGAACACGAGGAUGCUAGGAAUGUACCAGUCUGGUGUAUUAUUGUUGCAGUGGUUGGUGGCUUGCUACUUGUAGCUCUAGUGGCAUUCCUCCUUUGGAAGUGUGGAUUUUUCAAAAGGAAACUGCCUCCAACUGAAAGUGAAGAAUUGCUGUAACAGCUUACUAAUACCAACACCUGCUUCCGAUCUUUCCCAGUCUGAAGAAACUGUGGCCUCUCCAAAUCCCAAUAAAAUUCCAAGAGAGAUUUUCCCUGUGGAACUAAUGGUGCCAAUCCCACCCACCAUCAGUUCCUUCAUUAACACCAACAGUCGGAAAUUAGUGCACUGGGCAGUCAAAUGCAUCUGAUGAGUGCUUCCAUCAGGCUAGAUCCCCAUCAGAAACUGGAAUGUGAUAUCUGAAGUAUUUUCAAAAGUGUGAAAGUAGCUUAAGGCAAUCAGUGACCUUGUAAAUUGCUUCAUUAGAGAUGCUGAAUCACAGUUAAAUCAGAACAAUUUUCUGAACAUGUAUAAUUACUUACCCAGAACAAGCCAAAAUAAUCUGAAUUAACCAUUGUCAUUUUAUGAGGCUGGCACAGGUGUGGUACAUUCCUGCUUUUUAUUUCCUACCUGGCUCUCCAUGCAGAACUGGGAAACCUCAUCCAGCCCCUUCAUGGCUCAUCCUCCUCUUCCGGCUGUUAUAGUGAUUAUCAACUCCAAUCAUCCCUUUACCCUUCUCUACACCGUUUCUUCAUUCUUGUAUCUCUUUGUCAUUGUACUCCACCAGUCCCUUCUCCAGUAAGGCACCUGCAAUCUUCCAAUAAGAAGUGAAGCCCUGCCUUAGUAUCUCAAUUAUCAAAUUUGAUAUCACACUAAUACUUAACAUGGUUAUUUCAACUUCGUUUCUAUAGACAUCGUCAGUACUUUUCUCCCCCAUAUAUACAAGCCAUAACCUGACAGUUUGAACUCCAUUUGUUUGUGUGUUUUGAAGUUAAAGAUAGAUUCCUCUUCUUGUGUUCACUUUGGUUUGUCUUCUUUUGGGUAAGUUUUUUUUUAAAUACAAUAGCGAAUAAAAUUAUUGCCCAAGGCAACACUAAGCCAUCUGGACAAGUCCCUUGUAUUAUAUUUAUCUGCUUAUUUGCUUCACUCUUCCCUCUACCUUUCCCCUAAUAAUUUUCCUUUAUUUCUUUCUCAGUACCCAAAUUCAAAAAGGAUAAUUAUGUCCAAAAGGACCAAUAAACAGUACUGAGAUGGUCGGGGAUUACUGCUCUAAUUAUUAAUAUGGCAAAUUAACUACCAUGACUGUAAAUAAAUAUCCAUUACCUCAAUCCAGGAUGCUAUACAAAUGUAAAAUUUUGGUUUUAAAUUUCUCUUGAAAUAGAAAGUGAUGGUGUGUGUUAGCAGCCCGGUGUUCUCCAGUUCCUAGGGGUUGCAACAAUCCAUCCGAUAUAUAUGGUUGAAUAAUAAAGUUUUGCUGAAAUUAAGAUUCAGUUUGUCACACUAACUUUACUCUCACAGUGGUCUGUGUCAUUAAGGCUGUUUUAUUAACAUCAAUAAUCCUGGCCUGAAGGAAGGAAUGAUAUACAGUUGUUUUACACCUUUUUUGAUUUCUGGAUACACCAAAGUACUUUUACAUUGUCGUAACCAUAGAAUGCAAGAGCUGGGUGUUAGUCAUACAGCAUGGAAACCAGCCCUUUGGCCCAACUGGUCCAAGCUGACCAAGAUUCCCAUCUAAGCUAGUCCUGUUUGCCUGCAUUUGGCCCAUACCCCUCUAAACCUUUCUAUCCAUGUACCUGUCCAAGUACCUUUUAAAUGUUAUUCAUGUACCUCCCUCAACCACUUCCUCUGGCAGCUCAGUUCACAUACAGACCACCCUCUGGGUGAAAGAGUUGCCCUUCUGGUUCCUAUUAAAUCUCUCCCCUCUCAUCCUAAACCCAUAUCCUCAAGUUCUUGAUUCCCCAACACUGGGAAAAAGACAGUGCAGUCACCCUAUCAAUGCCCUUCAUGAUUAUAUACACCUCUGUAAGAUCACCCCUCAUUCU